AUGAACACUGUUCUCAAUGUUCAAGGAAAGACCAAAGACAAUUUGAAUUCAAGAUUAGAUUUGCAUGAAUAUUGUUCUCGCCGGGUGCUACAUGUUCCAACAAAUGGGAAACCUCCAGUACCUGCUUUCCGUUUGGAUGCAAAUGCAAAAGAGGAGUUUUUUGAUUGGAUUGAUGAUAAGGUCAGAUUUCCAGAUGGGUAUGCAUCCAACCUUCGAAACUGUAUUGAUCAUGGAAAAGGAAAAUUUACUGGGAUGAAAAGUCAUGAUUGUCACGUUGUGAUGCAACACCUCCUUCCAUUUGCCUUUGCUGGUCUUUUACCACCUCAUGUCCAUGAAGCCAUUGCAGAAAUAUUGUGCAAUCUGGAGAUUGUUUUCCCACCUUCCUUCUUUGAUGUUAUGGAGCACCUAGCUAUUUAUCUACCUCGAGAAGCAGAACUUGGAGGGCCUAUACAGUAUCGUUGGAUGUAUCCUUACGAACGGUUUAUGUUUCAUCUUAAGAAGAAGGUGAAAAAUUUAAGCAGAGUUGAGGGUUUUAUCGUUGCGCAGAGCAUCAAUGAAGAGACUUCUAACUUUGCAGAGUUUUACUUUCCAACACAAGUUAGAACAAAGACUCGAAAACCCGGACGACACGAUGAUGGAGGCGAGAAACCACAUUAUCCAGUCUAUGUUCCUAACAUCUUUUCCCAGAUUGGAAGACUUAAUGGGAAAGGCAAGAAGCAGAAGCUAACAGCUGAAGAACAAAACCAUCUACAUAUGUAUAUUCUUACAAACUGCGAGGAGAUUGAAGAAUAUAAGAGCCACGCAGCGUUAUCUCAGCCUAAACCGCCCGGUUAUUGCCAUCCCAGCUUGGUAAGACGCACAUUCGACGUUGGUUCUUCGUCCUCUAAGCCACCGGACGAAUCUUGGACGGCUGCCGAUAUCACACUUUCACUCAUCCAACCUCGCUAG